AUGUCAUUUCUGCUUUAAAUAUCGCCGCCCAGAAGUUUAAGUGGAUUCCAGAUUACCAGUACGAGAUUCUUUCAUCAGGGCAGUGGCUCUGUAAGGUUUUAGUUGAUGGUAAAGAAUAUCAAUCUAUGCCAUGUUACAAUAGACAAGAAGCCAAGCUUGCAGCAGCUGAAGCAUUUUUCGCUGGUCAUCGGAGAUCUGAUAGUGAUACUUUCGCAGAUAUACUGAAACAUUGGAUGGAAAUGCCUGUUGACGCGACCUGCAAGGCAGAUCAUACAGACUAUAACGAACACUUUCCAGAAAGAUUUCUAAAUCACAUCUGUACUAAAAGGAAGUGGUCAAAACCAGUCUAUCAGCUGGUCAGCCAAACAGGUUCAAACAAACACUGCCAGUAUUUGUAUAAGGUUGUCAUACACAAGAAAGAGUUCUAUGGAACAGCAAAACCUACCAAGAAAAUGGCCAAGAAAGAUGCGGCCAAGUUCUGUAUAACAGAGCUGAAACAUAUCGGUUAUAUUUCUCCUUAAAAUCUAAUUAUACCCCCUCAAGAAAGCUUAUACAUUUUAUACCACUUGAUAAAAAGUUAUAUCAAUUAACACUUGUUGUGCACAUGUAUAUGGUAGUAUGGGUGUGAUAUCGAUGAGAUUACAUAAUUGUAACGGUGUGGUCUAGGGGGAGAUAAUUUGUAACUCGUAUUGUAUGAGUUAUCCCCCUUUCUAGAAUUCUCUUCAUACAAGGACAUGGAA